AGAAUUAAUUUCAGUAAUUGAAUUUAAACCUGAAAGUUCCCACUAAUAAAAUUAGUUUGUUGGAAGCAUGGGUGAUGGUGUGGCUAAGACAGGUGCAUACAAAUAUGAUGAUGGAACAAAAUAUAUUGGCGAUUGGAAUAACAGAGGAUUGAAACAUGGAGCUGGUUCGUUUCUUCUUCCUGAUGGUACACGAUACGACGGUUCCUUUCAGAACGGACUUUGUUCCGGUUUAGGCAUUAUUAUAUUUCCCGAUGGAGCAAAAUACGAAGGUGAAUUCAUGCAGGGUUGGUUCCACGGACAUGGGGUAUUUUGGAGAGCCGAUGGUAUGAAGUUCGAGGGAGAAUUUCGUGGCGGAAGAGUAUGGGGCUUAGGUUUGGUAACUUAUUCCGAUGGGUCGCAUGGAUUCCCAAGAAACGAAGGAUUUUUUCAGGACUGUAGACUUGUACGUCGUAGACGUUGCCCAGACAUAGUACAAAAAGCGCAGAAAAUUUCAAUGAUGGCUCGCACGCAAUGUUCUUAAUCAUUGUCGCAUAGUAGACACAAGUAAGGUAGUAUAUUGUAUUGUUUGUGUAUGAACAAAUAUUAAAAAUAAACUAUUAGAAAGAAAAG